GUGGCGGUUACUAGGAAGUGACGUAUUUCGUGAGGCGGAGGUGACGUGAGGCGCACAGGCUCGGGCCGGUGGGAGGGGUUUGGACAAGAUGGCUGGAUCCACAGUUAAAGUCCCUCGUAAUUUUCGCUUGUUGGAAGAACUUGAAGAAGGUCAAAAAGGAGUUGGCGAUGGUACAGUAAGCUGGGGCCUUGAAGAUGAUGAAGAUAUGACACUUACAAGGUGGACAGGCAUGAUUAUUGGACCACCAAGGGUCAGUACAACAAACUAUGAAAACAGAAUAUACAGUCUGAAAGUAGAGUGUGGACCUAAAUACCCAGAAGCACCUCCAACAGUUAGAUUUGUAACUAAAAUUAAUAUGAAUGGAAUAAAUAAUUCCAAUGGAAUGGUGGAUACACGGAGCAUACCAGUGUUAGCAAAAUGGCAAAAUUCUUAUAGCAUUAAAGUUGUACUUCAAGAGCUAAGACGUCUAAUGAUGUCCAAAGAAAAUAUGAAGCUUCCACAACCUCCAGAAGGACAAAUUUACAGCAAUUAAUUUUAGCUGAUUCUCAAACUUCUGUCUUAAAACAACCACCUUUUACUUAUAUUAAUGUCUUGAUUAAAUCUCACAAUGCAAACCACCCACACAUUAAAAGAAUUUCAGCUGGUAUACAUGACCUGGACGUUUGUAAGAAUAUAUAUACUAUAUGUACGCCCAGUGUGUUUUUAGGCACUAUGGGAGGAAAAAAAGGCAGCACAAUUUAUUUUUUUCUCUUAUCAAGACACUGUCAUUUAAGCAUAAGCCUGAAGUAGCUUAAAAUUGAAAUUCAGGUUUUACAAGAUGAAAGCAUGACAGAAAGUGUCAGAUUGCUGUGGAUUAAUGUAUGUUUCAGAAAAUUAAUCUCUCAAGAAGAAAAAUUAUAAAUGGCAUGCUUUAUUCAUCUGGCUUAGUUAAAAGAGCUGCAGUUAAAAAUUGUUUUAAAGUAGCAGGUAAAGUGAAUACUGUUGCUCUUCUUGUUUAAUUUUUGCUAAGGUGUGGGUGCCGACUACUAUUAGUGUCACAAAGUAUGUUCAGGAUUGUUUUGAUACCUGUAUUUAUAAAAGGGGGGGAGUGGAUUCUGUUAAGCGGCUCCUGUGUGUUACAUGUAAUGGACAUGGCAAAUAUUUGUUUACAGUCUUUGUUCUAAUAAACAAUGCAUUUAAGUUUUAGUGAAACAAACAAAGGAAAUAGGUGUAUGGAUAUGUGAUUGAGAUUAAAGUUAGUCUUAAAAUGUAAAUAAAAUGUGGAAAGUAUCCUCUGAGGCUGUGCCAUUUCUAUAAUAAUGUAAUAUAUGUAUAGUACUUUGCAGAGGUAGCAAAAAGUUAAACACAAUGUAGCAGUGGGUCUACAUGCACCUUUUAUUCUUACCUCUAUUUCUAUAUGCUUAUUUUAUUUGAUAACUGAAGGUAUUGGGAUUAUUGCAGAGGAGCAAAUAAUCUGCAGUUACACUUGUUUGGACAAACUUGCAGUUCAAAACCCCUUUUUAAAAAAAAAAAAAUUAACUAUUCAUUCUAGAAAUGACGUUAAUUAGGACACUUGGCCUAAGCAACUCCGGAGCAACUUCUAAACUGGACUGCUGAAAUUCUGUCCUGCUUCUGUCUUUUCAUCCUUGAAACCAUCUUCUGCAGCUGCUACUUUGUUUUUCCAUGUCACAUUUUUUUUCCCCUGCACUUAUUUUAACCGCUUUUUUAAAAUCUUCAAGCUAGUUUCCUUUUUGUUCUGUCUCACUUUCUCCUUACCCCAGUGACACAUAAAUGAGAGACUUCAGGCCUUAUCAUUUUUAUUAAAACAUCUUGUACUACUGUUAAGAACCGUGUGGACAUGCUAUAUUUAUCCAUCUGCAUUCCAUGCUUCAUGUGCCAAUGGUGCAAUUUCACUGGUUAGAAUGAAUUCUGCCCCUUCAACAGUGAAUUCUCCCCCUUCUAAUUUUACUUAUUCCUUUCUCACUGUCGUUGUAGUUGGUGACAUCCGUGGGUUAGUUCUGCUAUAGGUUUCUCAAUGUUGUUCAUGUUACCUUACUGGAAAUGAGACACUCUCUAAUGUCUUGUGUGGAAAAUGCAAAGAUUUGUCCAGUUUACUAAAAAAAAUUGUAACCUUGGGACUAGGUCAGUGACUUGUCAUUCAAAACUUCAUCAGUAAUUCUCUUGAAAAAAACGAAUUUAAUCAAGUCAUCAACAGCCAGGGAACUUUCAAGUUUGGUAUCCUUAUUGCCUAUUCCUAAUAUGAAGAAAAAAUUGUAGGAAAAGCAAUAAACUAAGCUUUAUUUUUUUUUGAUAGAGUUUUAGGUGGUGGUUGUCAGUAGAGGAAAGCUGUAUUUUAGAGUCCUUAAACACAUCUGACACAUUUCCAGAGUUCACUCAGUGAAAUGAUAGCUGUCAGCUACCUCAUGUCCAUGUUAUAGAACACAUCACAGUAUAGGAUGGAAAAUUUGACUGAAGUGAUUUCACCACUAUGUAUUCCUAUUGCCUGAUUUUAAAUUAAUUUAGAUGUUUUGGAUUCUGCUAAAUAAACUUCCAUUAUGCUAGCACUGCUAGUCUAUAUGUAAUCUGUUAAAAUAGAAAUGGAACUAUUCAACUCAGAGAAAUAAAUUGUUAACUUUCAGGAAUCUCUCUUUAGAUUAAAUAACUGGAAGAGAUUGAGAUACAUUGCCAGACUAUCAUAUGGUUGGUGACAGGAUUAACAGACAACUAGUGUGAGUGCGGAGCCAUUGAGAAACUCUCUCUCUCCACUGAGUCACUGAAUACAGAAAAGUGUUGGCUUUCUGUUUGCACCACAUGUUGUCCAAGUUAACUGUGCAAUGUCUAUUCCUCCUCUUUUGUUCUUCAAUUAUGGAUCUCUGUGGAAAUCUGCAUGCCAGUUGCAGUUUUUGAGAACAAGAUCCAUUUUGCAUGUUGCAAACAAGCUGCACUUGAUUUUCAAAUAGCCACGCUGUUUGCACAAAGGGUUAGCUACAAAACCACUCAUCAUAAUGAAAUCUAAGCAGGGCAAUUUUGAAGCAAUAUCCCCCUUGUCCUAUUGAAAAAAGGCCAGAGUUGUAGGAUUGUGUAGUUUAUCAUUAAAGAAACUCUUAAAAUGGCCAUAGAUUAUUGUACGUAAGUCAAUAGGUGAGACCCUUAAGGAUGAUUUCCUACUGUUAAAGGAUUCAAAACAUAACUGCUUGUCCCCCAAUUAGGUCACAUUAUGGUUUGAUAAGUCCAGUUUUUUGUCUGGUAAUUUAUUUUCUGUGCUUUUUGGGGGAGUAACUCUUUAAACCAGGUUUUAAAAAAUGUAUUACUAUGUUAGUAUUAUGAUAUAAUAGGAUUUUUAAACAUGGGUUUCCAAUGGUUAGCUAUUUGUAAUUUUAAUAAAAAAAAGUUUGUGCCUUUUUUGUAAGUACAAUACAAGGGUAAAUAGAGCACCAAUUUAAAACAAACCAGAUGGGGGAGAAAAAUCAGAAACUCCACCUGUAGUUCAUUUUCAAAUUAUGUUGGAGAGUUGGUAUAAUAGAAGUGAUCUUUAACUGGAAUUUAAACGUGUGCUGUACUCUGAUACUUAGCAAAUGUGCUAAAUUAAAUUCUGGGUAAAUGCAUAACAGGAGAAAAAUUUACAUAUGUUGUAUUAAUUUCAUGUAUUGUAGUGACUUACGGUUUAAAAUUUAAUGAGCUGCCCUUUAUUUCUACUACCUGUGCUAUUUCUAAUGUUCUGUAUUCUUUUACAUUUUGCAAGAAAGUGCAAAGUAUUGAUAUAAUGCCUGAUCCUGCAACAUGCCUGAUGCACUCAAAUCCCCUUAAAAGUCAAUGGUAUUUGAGGAUGUGUAUGUAGCACCUUCCAGGGUUGGACCAAGAGUGAGGCUACAUCUUCACUACCCACCGUAUCGGCGGGUAGCAAUCGAUUGUUCAGGGAUCGAUAUAUCACGUCUCAUCUAGACACGAUAUAUCGAUCCCCAAAUGCUCUUAUAUCGAUUCCGGAACUCCACUAACCCGAACGGAGUUGCGGAGUCAACAUGGGGAGCCGCGGACAUCAAUCCCGCACCGUGAGGACGGUGAGUAAUUCGAUCUUAGAUACUUUGACUUCAGCUACGUUAUUCACAUAGCUGAAGUUGCGUAUCUGAGAUCGAUUUUCCCCCCGUAGCGUAGACCAGCCCUGAGAGUCCUUAAACCAUUGUAAAAAGAGGGAUAUGGAAGCCCAGCCAGCCUUAAAUGUUCAUUGUUACUGUGAAUACAUGUAAAAAUUAUGAUUAGGACUGUCAAUUAAUUACAUUUAACUCGCGUGAUUUAACUCAAAAAACAUUAAUCAUGAUUAAAAAACUUAAUUACCAGUUUAAUCAUACUGUUAAUAGAAUACUAAUUGAAAUUUUAAUAAAAUAUUUGUGGAUGUUUUUCUACAUUUUCAAAUAGUGAUUUCAGUUACAGCACGGAAUACAAAGUGUACAGUGCUCAUUUUAUAUUAUCAUCUUUGAUUACAAAUAUUUCCACUGAAAAUGAUAAACGAAAUAGUAUUUUUCAAUUCACCUCGUACAAGUACUAUUGUGCAAUCUCUGUCGUGAAAGUACAAUUUACAAAUGUAGAUUUUUUUUUUUGUUAGAUAACUGCACUCAAAACCAAAACAUUUCUAAAAUUUUAGAGCCUACAAGUCCAUUCAGUCCUACUUCUUGUUCAGCCAGUCAAUAAGACAAACAAGUUUGUUUACAUUUACAGGAGAUAAUGCUGCCUGCUUCGUAUUUACAAUGUCACCAGACAGUGAGAACAGGCAUUUGCAUGGCACUUUUAUAGCCUGCAUUGCAAGGUAUUUACAUGCCAGAUAUGCUAAACAUUCAUAUGCCACUACUGGCUUUGGCCACCAUUCCAGAGGACAUGCUUCUAUGAUGAUGAUACUAUUUAAAAAAUGCAUUAUUUAAAUUUGUGACUGAAAUUCUCUGGGUGGAGUGGAGAGGGGGAUUGUAUAUCUGCUCUGUUUCACCUGCAUUCUGCCAUAUCCUUCAUGUUAUAGCAGUCUUGGAUGAUGACCCAGCACAUGUUGUUCGUUUUAAGAACACUUUCAGUGCAGAUUUAACAAAAUGCAAAGAAUGUACCAAUGUGAGAUUUCUAAAGAUAGCUGCAGCAUUUAACCCAAGGUUUAAAAAUCUGGAGUGCCUUCCAAAAUCAGAGGGAUGAGGAGUGGAGCAUGCUUUCAGAAGUCUUAAAAGAGCAACACUCCGAUGCGGAAACUACAGAAACUAAACAACCAAAAAAGAAAAUCAACUUUCUGCUGGUGGCAUCUGACUGAGAUGAUGAAAAUGAACAUGCUUUGGAUCAUUACUGAGCAGAACCCAUCAUCAGCAUGGACAUGUUCUGUGGAAUGGUGGUCGAAGCAUGAAGGGGACAUACGGAUCUUAACCACAUCUGGCACGUAAAUAUCUUGCGACACCAGCAACAACAGUGCCAUGCCAAACACCUGUUCUCACUUUCAGUUGACAUUGUGAACAAGAAACGAGCAGCAUUAUCUCCUGCAAAUGUAAACAAAAUUGUGUGACCAGUUGACUGAACAAGAAGUAGUGGACUCGCAGGAUCUAAAGUUUACGUUUGUUUUCUUUUUGCAAUAAGUUUUUUUUGUACAUAGUUCUACAUUUGUAAGUUCAACUUUCAUGAUAAAGAGAUUGCACUACAGUACUUGUAAUAGCUGAACUGAAAAAUACUGUUCAUUUUGGUUUUAACAGUGCAGAUAUUUGUAAUAAAAAAGUGAGCACUGUACACUUCGUAUUAUGUGUUGUAAUUGAAAUAAUAUUUGAAAAUGCAGAAAACAUCCAAAAUAUUUAAAUAAAUGGUAUUCUCUUUUGUUUAACAGUGCUAUUAAUUGAGAUUAAUUUUUAAUUGCUUGGCGGCCCUAAUUAUGAUUAAUGGAGUAUGUGGGUGACAUGCGGCCAACAUUACAAUGCAAGUAAUGUAUUUUGCCCUAAAACCAAAUUGUAAUUUACAAGAAGAUAAAUAUUUGGAUUAUUAAUUGGAUACUUUUAAAUGUGUGGGGGGUUUGAUUUACUUAGGUGGAAAUGUAUUUCCCCACUGCAACAGCCUCUGGGAACAUAUAAGUAAUCAGAACAAUAGAGCAAAUAUGUAUGACCUGAUUAUCUGCUUAACCACUGCUGCAAAGGGACUGUAAAACUGACCGUCUGAGAAUUCUACCAGUAUAGAGGCAGUUUAGAAGCUAUGCACUAGCCCCUUGCAGCUCCUGAUGUAGGCAGUAUGGUCAAAAUAUGUCUACACUCUUGCUAAUCUCAGCUGCAAAGGUACUGCAAAGAUUGCUUAAAGCUAGCUUUAAGCAAUCUCUCCUCUGUUUGUUCAGGUCCCACACAAAGUGCAUUCCAGCCAAACCCUCAAAGGGCCAUAAUAUUUUGAUACAGUAUUCAUAAGAAAUGCAGCUCUAAAGAAUCUGUUUUCAAAAUAUUCUAGGAAUUUAGGAAUUGCCAUAUCAGAAGGGGGCAAUGGUCCAUUUUAGUCCUUUCCAAUAGUAAUAGAUGCUUCCGAAGGAUUUUUCAAGCCCCUGAAAUGUACUUCAGUAUCCUGAGACAGGCAUGCACACUUUUUUCUGAACUGCUUUGGUGAUCUCUUUAUUCUCUAUAACAUGAUGUUUGAUAACUUUUGUGUUUUGUAUCACAAGAUGCUUCUUGGCAUGCCUGCUGAACAAUUUUUGUGCAUUUCAGACUUUCCUUUUCUCUUGCAGACCUGAUUGGUUUUGUGCUGAAAUGACCCAAGGCAUAUGUCAUGUCCAAAUGUUGAAAACAUAAAAGUAACUUAUAUGUGCUUCCAAGUUGGGAGAAAAUACAGGAAAGGAUCGCAUAUGGCCAAGGAAAGACUAUACAUUUUAUUAGUUAAUAUUCAACCAUGCCCACUAAAGGUGUUGCAUUUCUAUUUUUAUCUUUUUUGAGACACUAAUAUUACUCUUUCUAUAAGAAUGAAAGUGAUGUGUUCAGUGGUUAAAAUCAGCAACUUUUUUAUUUUGGUGGUGGUACCGUUGUUUAUUUUAAAAAAAUACAGUGUAUUUAACGCAUCUGUAUUCUUCAACUAUAAUGCUAAACUGUUACAAAUGAAUAUAGUUACUUAUUAAUCCAUAGAAUGAAAUGGUCAUACCUGCUCUUUAAAUAGCAUCCUCUUGUUUAAGUAGUUUCAAUGAUUUUUUUUAAAAUUUCGUUAGCAUUUUAAAAAAUGAUGAAAUGUAAAGCAAGAUCACUUUCAUUAUUUAUGCUGUUGUCAAACUCUAUAAACAGAUUACCUAAUGGAUGAUGGUGAGAUAGUGCCUGAUUAACCAUUAUUUGGGAUUUCCUGAUGUUAAGUGCUAAUGCAUUUUUUCUAUACUAAUUUAUGACUUUCCAUCAUUUCUUAUGGAAACAACCCAACCUCCUGCUUUUAAUAUAUACAGUAUAUAAUAUAUAAUAAUGGUUUGUAGUGUGCGUAUAUACUCUACAUCACAGAUAAAAAUGCAUGGUGCAGAUCAUAUUUACCCCAAAAUACCCCUAAGGAGGAGUUAUGUAGACAUAACCAAGGAAGAUGUUUUCAUUAGCUGCAUUCUGUGUGUACUUUUUUCUCUCCACAGUGAUUCUUAAAUUAUGGAUAUAUAAGUAA